AUGUUUACGGGCAGCAAAGGCAGUAUGAGUGGCACAGUCAGUGAAGCCCAGUCGGUCUCUAUCUCCAGAAGAACAGCCUGCCAUUACAUUACAACAGGCAUCAAUGUCGGCGUGGUAGCCUCAGGUCUCAAGAAAAGGCAGCCUAAUUCUCAGGCGUUGUUUCUCUCCAAAGCAACACACAGUCUCUUCAUCUCUUUACUCCUCCUUGCAUCCCUCUCCGCUGUUUCGCUCGAUCUCGUCGCCACCACCUCGUCUUGCACCCAACCCAAACCCGGCGAGUUGCCCGUUUCCUCCGCCAGCAAGAUGCCCAAGCUCAAGCCAAAAGCCAGGUCGCCGCCACAAGACGACAAUAAUAUAUUCUUCCUGCCCGAGGAAGGCUCCGACUUCUUCUCUGGCCACGUCCACCAGGAGGGCGGUGAAUCCGACUUUUACCAUGAGUCGGAGACCAACCUGCAGAAACCACUCGAGGAAUUGCUCGGCGACCAACCUGCCCAGUUCCAGCCACGAACCAACUGGUCCCAUUGGAUCUCCGACAACCCAACCCGGUUCCACGUCAGUCAAGCUGAAGACAAGUUCCUGACUGAAGUUUCCAAGGUUCCGCCACAACACGAUUUUGGCAACCUCCCACAAGCUUUCGGACGCCGCAGCUGGGAACAGCACUGCUGGGAUCUUUGGGGAACGUUCAAGAAGCUCCGUGGGAACACAAAGGCCUCCGACCGGGACCUGGAGCCGCUCAUGGCUAUCCUUACGUAUGGCAUGCAAGAUGUCGUGGUGGUUGCCCCCAAGCCCAUUACCAUUCAUGACGGCAAGGUGUUCAAGAACCCACCGCUCCACGCGGCGGGCUCCGAUCCGUUCCUCGCCGAAGGCGUGGAUCGGGUUCAUUGUUCGACAACAGCGUACGGUUCCCCAGACGAUAUGAAGCUCGCCUUGUUCAACAAACGCUUUUUGAUUGGGACAUUUAACUUUAACAACUACCACUGGACUUCAUUCGUGUGGGAUCGAACACCCGGCCAUCUGCUCAUCUACGACACGGAUUCCGCCAAUCGCGGGGGCCACACCAGAUCUGCGAUCCUUGCGUGGAGAGAAACUCUAGCUCACUAUGGGCUCCCCUACAACUUCAGCUUCUUCUCCUUUCCUGCAGCUGGUCAACUGGGUGAUUGGGAAUGCGGCUAUCUCGGUGUCUACCUUCUCUUUCUCCAGCUUCGGGGACUCACAGGGUUGAACUUUGAUCAACUUACAGCCGACAACUCGCCCCAGGCCAUUACGAUCGACGGUGCCAAGACCACUGCGGCAUUGAAACCACCCGCUCUACGAUUUCGCGACUGGAUCCUCGACUCCUAGAAGAAGACGAGAACGAAAAAGAUCGCCAAGAAAACUGCUCUUGCGAGAAUGAGGGACGUCCUGAGGGUCAUCAUCUUCAACGAGCUAGGAAUCUUUGACCUCAAGUACAUUGCCGACAAUGAGAUGCUCACAUCCCUCCCCAACAUCACAAAUAUGAAAUACACAACCUGCAUGGAGCC